AUGCUCCGCAGAAGCGGCUUGGAGAUACCACGCCAGCACCGUAGUUUUCUGCGCCCUUCGGCAGGGAGGGAUCUGCGCACACCCUUUCAGGGGCGCAGCACAUGCGUCAUGCAGCUGCGAACGAGGGGCAUGCAUGUUGUGCUGAAUUCCACCCGCCAAUGCGUUUCCUCCGAACAACCUGGUAAGCGUUGGGGGGUGAGGAAGGGAGGGGUGGAUGAAGGGGGAAAUGUGGGGGAAGGGGAAGUGGUGGGGAGAUGGGGAAGCGGAGGAACGCGUUUCCGGGCAGAGUGGCGGGGUCCUGGUGGUAUGAGAAUCCAUCCGUCGCAAACCGUCGUCCAAUCAGCAGAGGCUCUGUCGCAGAACCUGUCGCAGAAUCUGUCGCAGAAUCUGUCGCAGAACCUGUCGCAGAAUCUGUCGCAGAAUCUGUCGCAGAACAACCAGCCUCCAGUCCCCGCUGCCUUGCCGCUGAAGUUGCAACUUCCAGCAUGCGUACAGGCUGCCACCGCCGCCGCCGCCGCCGCCACUGCCGCUACGGACCUGCCGUCCGUCCGAUCCGUGCCAGCCGCGUCGCUGUCGGCGAGCUUCUCUCACGGCCACCGCUUGGAACGGCCGACAGCGUCGACGGCCGCCGGCGCGCGAGCCGACGCGCUGAUGGCGGCCGUUGCCGUCGCCACCGCAUCCGAAGCGGGUAGCCGUCAAGGAGCAGACGAGCGAGUACCGGUUAUGAUCCCGACGGGUGAGGACGAAUCAGAAGAAGGCAGUCAGAUCUCGUGGGCGUCGAAUCGGCCCAUUGGUUCGGGUUUCGGGUUUGCUUCGGUGUUUAAGACCGGCGGAGGCAGCGGCGGCGGCGGAAGCGCUUUUCGCCGGUGGCAGGGGCGCGGAGGCAACAGCGCGUGCGCGUUCCCGCGGCUGGCGGAAAUGGGAGCGGGAGUGGCGGAAAAGGGGGCCGGAGCGUGCGGCAGCGGCAGCAGCAGCAGGUGCAGCGAGAACGAGCACGAGGGUAGCGAGCAGGCGGAUGAGCAAAGCGCGGCCGCGAGUAAGGACGAAGGAUGGGCUGGAUGCGGCUCGGAAAGCAUGUCUGACGGCGAAUGUCGAGGCGACGGCGGCGGCGACGGCGGUGCUAGCAACAGCGGGAAAUCCCCCGAGGACGAGGUUCUGAGCGCGCGGGAGAGCCGCGCGUUGGAUUGGGGCGCGGAUUUGACGAUUGCGGGGGCUGGCGCGGGGAAGAAGCGCAAGGGCGAGGCCGUCAGUCGAGACGAGGUGGCGCUUAUUAUGGCCGUUGCGAAGCGGCUUAAAACGGAGCAUGACGUGGAGCCGGACGAAUGCCCUGGAGCCUCGUCUGUCGCCGGAUGGUGGCAGAAGGACUGCGAACUGGCGGCGGCUUCGCUCCUAUUGGCUCCGCCAAGCGCGGCGGAAUCUGCGGCAGCGACAGACGCGGCGGCGGACGCUGUGGCUGAAGCCCCCGCGAUCGAGACGCGCGACGCGGCGGGAAUGGUUGGCGGCCAGGCCGGCUCCGCGGUGCAGGCGAAGCGGCUCGAAGGGGUGAACGUGCAGCGCGCAGCGGGCAAGGGGGGAGUCCCGGAGCUGCUGCCGCUGCUGGCGGAAGCGCGAGGAGCGCUCGCGGGAGAGGCGGAGGAGGUGGCGCGCGGGGUUGGGGCGGCGGAGGAGGAGAAGCGGGCGGAGAGUGAGAGGGAGAAGAGUGGCAUGUGGCUUGAGCUUGGCAAUGCGGGUCAGCCCUUCGGGACCUCUGGGAACCCCGGGACCCCUGGGACCUCCGGGUUGUCUGAGACCUGUUCCCGAGCCUGCUCCAGUGGCGGAUCAUCCCCUGCUGCUGCUGCGUCCUCUCCUGCUGGUGUUGCUGCUGCUGCUGCUGCUGCUGCUGCUGCUGCUGGUGCUGCUGCUGGUGCUGAGGGUGCUGGGGCUGGGCGUGUGGUUGCUCACUCUCCUCCUCCACAUGAACCGCCUGCUUCUUCUAACACCAAUGCCGCCGCCUCUGCAGCUGCUGCUGCUUCUGCCACCACUGCCGCUGCUCCUGCUUUUGCUGCUGCUGCUGCUCCUGCUCCUGCUCCUGCUCCUGCUCCCGCUGCUGCUGCUGCUGCUGCUGCUGCUGCUGCUGCUGCUGCUGCUGCUGCUGCUGCUGCUGCUGCUGCUGCUGCUGCUGCUGCUGCUGUGCCUAGGAUCGUUUGUCCGGUGCCGUCAACGCCGGUUGCUGCUGCUAUUCCCACGGUGGCCUGCAGCGAGUCCCAAGCAGUCCCGAACACACCCCCAUCAGCAGCCGCCGCAGCUGCUGCAGCAGCAGCUAACGCCUUUGGUGCGGAUGUGAGUGGCGACUGA